GCUUUGAGAUAAUCAUUCAAAAAAUCUCCAAAAUCACGUCUGUUCUUUCCAAACAAAAGCAAAAACAAUCAUCAAAUUUUCAUCUAUAACUUUCAGAAAAAAGAUUAAUUCAUCUCAUAAGAACAUUUGUUCCCUAUCAAUACGUUAUUUUUCUUUCCUUUCUUCAAAUCAAAAACAAUGAAGCAAACCCCAAAUCAAUCUCAAAUCCACCACCGGAAUCCACCGCCACCGCCAUUUGUGCAACCAACAACAACCAUCAACAGCCAAUAUACAUCACCACGAUCAUCAAACGUGCAAAAUGGCAACCAAAUGAUGCCGAUGUUUUGGCCAAAUUCUGGUGGCAUUCCUCCGCCGUUUCCUCUUCCUACACCUCUCGCCGCCGGCCAAGAACCAAUUUAUUAUCCUAACCCACCAAAUAGUUGGGCAGUUGGUCUUUACGAUUGCUUUUCCGACUUCAAAAUAAGUGUUUUGGUACUUCUUUGUCCAUGUGUUGCAUUUGGGAAGAUUGCAGAAAUUGUUAACGAAGGAGAAACAAGUUGGAUUGAACCAGGAUCACUUUAUUGCUUUUUAUAUGUAGUCCAAAUAGGGUUUAUGGAAAUUCUUGAUUAUAUAUGGCUUAUUCUAUUCAAACAUAAAUGUUUCGGCGCCAUGGGUUAUCAAGGGUGGAUUUGUGCACUAUGUCAACAAUAUCGUCAACUCGAACACCAAGGAUUUAUAGUUUUCCAAGGAUGGGAGAGAAAUAGGGAAAGGUAUAGGCAAGAAACUACAAUGUAUCGACAAGCACCUCCUAUGGUACAAGAGAUGUCCAGAUAAAGAAAACACAAGUGCAUGAAAAAGAGGAAAUGGUUAGGUACAAAACAAUGUACAUAUUGUAUCAUAUUUGAUUUACAAAGCAUUGUAAAGUUAUUGUUUUUGCUUUUGGCAUGAAGUUUGUUUUGUGAAUAGGCUA